AUGCCAGGAAAGAAACCGAAGCCCUUGACUGCGACGGCGAAAGCCAAGCUGAACACUGAUAUGUCGCGUGCUUUGGCGCAAGCGAAGCAGCUCAUCGAAGAAUCGGGGACACUCUCCGAGAAGCUGGUGCUCAACCACGACAAAUGGGGGGGACAAGGCGUGUUCGUGGUGAAGAAAGUCAAGGCUGGGGAAGUUCUCGCGUCUAUCCCCCAUGCGUUGACCAUCGAGCUCUCGUACGACCCGAUGAGCAACUUCGUGUGGAUCCGGAACCGCGAACAAGAUGACGAAAUUCUAAAGAGCAACACAGAUCAUGAGGAUCACCAGAACCCGACCUCCGCUAAUGCCUUUCCUGGUUGGACGAAGGUCGAAAUUUCCCCGUUCAGAAAACGCACGGAAGUCCCCGUUUUCCGCAACACAACCGAGGCUACGAUGCAAAUGUGGUACCUGAACGCUUUGGUUCGAGGCCGACACGGCAAUGCCCAGGAGCUCCAGAUGCAACUCGACCAGUGUCCGCAAGCUGCGAGCUCCGCGCAGCUUGCGAAAACGGUCCUUCCGGACGGGGACCCCGCCGCGGAGAGGCGGUGGGUGCUGGGCACGCGCGGGCUGCGGGUUGAAGAGAUGUUGAAGGACGUGGGCAUUUUGCAGCGGCUUUCCAACUUGGCGCAGCUCAAGCCCGACGACUGGGAAAACGAGUUAGUACCCGGCAACACAGACCCCAGGCGGGAGUGGCGGACGAUCUACCCGUUGCUGGACUUCGUGAACCACGCCAUGGUGCCGAACUUGGUCGCGAUCCGGAAUGAGGAAAGUACGAAGUUUGUCGCUUUGACGAACAUCAAAAAACAUGAAGAACUGACGAUGCACUACGUCCCGCAGGGCGGGAUCGAGGAGAUGCUGCGGUAUGGGUUCUUUCCGGACAGCAGUGAGCUCAGAUUUUUAAUUGAAUACCACAAUUUCGGGUAUAAAACCGCGACGCAGAAGCAACUCGUGCGCGGAGCGGCGAUGUUCGUCUGUCCCCCCGGGAGCGACUUCUGCCCGGUCGUGCUCCAGGGCCCGACGCGCACCCCGACGCUCGCUGCGGCGCGGAUGGCGGAACAGAAUCCCAGCAUCUUUCAGAACAAUGAAACGUCGACGGUGAUCGCCCACGCCCUACGGUGCCCGGUGCCGGACACGAUGUCUUUGCGGCACCUGUUUGGUUUCGCGAAGGCCGUCGGCGAAGAGACGAGAAACAGUAUCUCCGACAUCUUGCGGCCCUCCAUCAAGGCGUUUUUGGCGGAGCGCGGCUUGAUCAAGCAGGUAAUUAACAAACAGAAAACGGACCCCUUUCCAUCUCUCCAGUGCUUUGCGUUAGCCACUUACGAAGCGGCCCCGGUUCUGGCGCUGGCACGGUACUUGAACGUGAGUAUCAAACUGCAGGAGGGGUACGUUGCGGCGACCCCAGAAUUGAACAGCACGAAACGGAAUUUUGCCCUCACAAGGUUCAUGGUGGACGAUUGCGCUGGGAACAUUGCGCGCGUCGUCGAGGACAUGGAUUUCACGCCCGAAACGGUACCCUCGCUGAAGCGCAUGCAGCAGGCCCGAGAGCGCUGGGCGAAGGCGCAGAGUUUGACCAGCAGUGGGUCUCCGCUGCUGUUGGUACUGUUUGGCUACGGUGGGACGAUGGUUCUUUUGUUCCUGUUUUUCUGCUACAGAAAAUGCUGCCGAAAGAAGAAGACGGCGGUGACCGCGGAAUCGAGUGAAGAGGAAAACCCACCUGGAUGGAACAAGCUCGAGAAGGAAGAACUCGAAAAGCAAGACUGA